CAAUGUCAAGUACUCAACCUGCCAUCGGAGCUUACCCUUUCUACCAGGUCGCCGCGACGUACUCUACUGGCUCUGACGAUGAAACCCCAAGCGCUCCAUUCAUAUCGACACAGCGACAGCGAAGGCCCCCAUCCCCACUGAUCGCGUCUUUGUCGGACGCAUUGCCGCCAAGAUGCCGUACAAUAUUGCUAUGGUCUCGGACUUCUUCUUCCCACAACCAGGAGGAGUCGAAAGCCAUAUUUACCAACUUUCAAGCAAACUGAUCGAUCGUGGGCACAAUGUCAUUAUCAUCACCCACGCUUACGACUCUCCAAAGCGCUCAGGCGUACGCUACUUGACGAAUCGACUCAAGGUCUACCAUCUACCGCAUUGGGUUGUCUACCGGUCCACAACAUUUCCGACAGUCUUCUCGUCAUUUCCAAUCCUACGCCAGAUCUUCAUUCGGGAGCAGAUACAAAUCGUACAUGGCCAUGCUUCUCUCAGCAACCUGUGCCAUGAGGCGAUACUUCAUGCUCGCACUAUGGGAAUGCACACCGUCUUCACAGAUCAUAGUUUGUUCGGAUUCAGCGAUGCCGGCAGCAUCAUGGCCAACAAACUGCUCAAAUUCAGCUUGAGUGACGUGGGUCAUGUCAUCUGCGUCAGUCACACCUGCAAAGAGAACACCACACUCCGGGCGUCUCUAAACCCUCUUGCGGUAUCGGUAAUACCAAACGCUGUUGUUCCCCACGAUUUUCGACCCUACUCGCCUUCUGAGGCCGAAAACUUCAAGCAUCGCAGCAAGAAAGACGUAUAUCUUCCUCAUCCCCCUGAUCCAAGCAAGCUUGUUGGCCCAGGCGACCCCAUCACGAUUGUUGUGGUAUCGCGGCUGUUCUACAAUAAGGGCACAGAUCUGCUCAUCUCCGCAAUACCUCUGCUGCUCCGGUUGCACCCAAAUUUGCGCUUCUUGAUUGCUGGAAGUGGGCCAAAGGCAAUCGAUCUGGAACAGACUCUGGACUCUCUACCGCAACAGCUUGUCUACACACCAUCCGGCCAAGCUCGCGUCAUGCUAUUGGGUAGCAUCCGCCAUGAGGAGGUUCGCGACAUCAUGGUGCGGGGUCAUAUGUUCCUCAGCACCUCAUUGACUGAGGCAUUCGGCACAGUGCUCGUUGAAGCAGCUUCUUGCGGCCUGAUGGUAGUCGCGACUCGAGUCGGUGGUGUCCCGGAAGUCCUUCCCUCGAACAUGACUGUCUUUGUCCUUCCGGAAGUAGAAGAUGUGGUACGCGGAGUCACAGAUGCAGUAGGCAUCCUCACUUCGAAAUCUGUGAGGCGCGACAAAUUCCACGACUUGGUCAAAAAUAUGUACAGCUGGAGCGACAUCGCACGUCGAACAGAGCGAGUAUACGAUCUCAUCACAGGCACGCCAUCCGCACCAGAUAACGAAGGCUACUAUGAUGAGGAGUUCAAGCAUUAUGGGCUCCCCGCUCAGCAUAAUAUCUCGUUUGCUCUCAUGGACAGGCUGAAGAGGUACUACGGCUGCGGAGUCUGGGCUGGGAAGCUUUUUGUCCUGGUCGCUAUUGUCGACUAUCUCAUCUUCUGCUUCUUGGAGAUCAUGUAUCCGCGCGAGAAGAUCGACGUCUGCAAACCAUGGCCAAAAGUCGUCAAGCAAAGUUUCGAGGAAGAGCAGCAUGGAGUUGGGAGGUAUGGUAGCACGAAGCAGAAGAAGAGAUGGAAGGACCCUCUGAGAGAUGGUGGCUGA